AUGCGAGCUCGGAAGGAGAUUCUCAAAGCUACUUUGCAGGGAAUUGCAGACAUGCACGAUCGCGACAUUGUCCAUUUAGACGUCAAACCUGACAACGUUCUGGUUGAUUGCCGUAACGUUGACCGAGACGUCGUGGUCGAACAGGUACAGAUCUCCGAUCUUGAGAAUGCAGCCUACCUCCCAAAGCCUAGGUGUAUUAAAGGUAUGCUAGCUGGGAAUGAUGACUGGCGCUGCCCUGAAGGUCAUCUCAAGGGAGAGCUCAACAAACCUUCUGAUUCAUACUCAUUUGGACUGGUCUGCAUCUACGCUGUUCUCGGGCGCGUUAUACUAGGGCGUGAUGAUGAUUUCAGACUACACGUGUCGAAAGGCGCACUACCUGCAUUGAUCCGCCUGCAGCGCCAAAUCUCAUAUUUUGGAGACAAGGAAGGGUUGAAUGGGCUCAUGAAGCAUGUUGGUGAUGAGGAAGUGAACUUUGAGGUUCUUGAAAUGCUUUGGGAAGAGCGAGCAGCAGAUUAUAUCCCAUAUGUGCCGUUCUCAGAGUGGACAGGUGUUGAUUUGGCAUUCAAAGACUUGAUCCGAGGAUUGAAUAAUCUGGACCCCUCACGGAGGCUUACAGCUUGCCAGACAUUAGACCAUCCCUGGUUUGAAGGCGUCGAAUCCGCUUAG